AACAGAGCGAAUGGAAUGUUUGACGUCACAAUCAGAACAUAUAAAACGACGCGCUCUGGAAAAUUCUCUUUAGAUCAUUGAUUCUCUGAGCGAAAGCAAAGCUAAUCCUUGACAGCUAUUACAGACUUUCAGUCCGUGCGCAACAAGUCAAUAACACUGUUACAGACUGUUGUGAAUUAGACUGAGGUAGAAAUGCCUAAAUCAAACGAUCAGCUCAAAAGCGGCGUUUCCCUUCCGGGAGCCGUAAUGGAAGAUGAGUGGAUGCCACCAGCUGUUAGACAGAAUACAAUUCUGUCUGCCUCAGCUCGUGGGCUUGUGACCAGCAGCGGUCCAGGUGGUGCUCAACGGAGGUUGAACAUCCCUGCAGCUGGUCAUAUGAGGUUCACUCUUCCAGGAGCUGUGGAGGAUGAUGAGGAGUGUAGCCCGACAGCUGUUAGACAGAAUACCAUCCUGUCUGCGUCAGCUUGUGGGCUUGUGACCGGCAGCAGUGUAGGUGAUGCUCAACGGAGGUUGAACAUCUCUACACCUGCAGCCGGUCACAUGAGGUGGGCCCUUCCUGGGGCCGUAGAGGAGGACGAGUGUAGAGGAGCAGAUGUUAGACUGAAUAACAUCAUGUCUCCGUCAGCUCGUGGGUUUGUGACCAGCAGUGGUGUAUGCGAUGGUCGACGGAAGUCAAACAUCUCUACACAGGCAGCUGGUCACGUAAACCUUCCCCUUCCCGGGGCUGUAGAUGAUGAGGAGUGCAGCCGAGCAGCCGUUAGACAGAAUACCAUUCUGUCUACGUCAGCUUGUGGGCUCGUGACGGGCAGCAGUGCACGAGAUGUUCGGCAGAGGUCAAACAGCUCUACACCUGCAGCUAGUCAAGGGAGCAUCACCCCUCCAAGGGCUGCAAAAAAGGAGGAGAGGAGAAAGAAAAAAGCUGAUAAAAAACCAAAACAGCCAAAGGGAAAGAGCAUCCGUGCUUUUUUCCGUAGAACAGUCCAGGCUAUACAGCAUGCCUGCUGUAUCUGCCAAAAUGAGGAUGACCUGGAGUCAUCUGAUUCAGAUGAUCCUCAGCCAGGUCCAUCCAACCUGCUGUCAAGUACCCGUGAAGAUCCAACUGAUUUGCAGAAAGGUCCAUCUGGACUCAAGCAUACGGGUUUUCAAGAACCAGCCUAUUGCCUGGCUGGUUCUUUUUCCUUGGAAAAAACAGAAAUCCAAGAAGAGACUGAUCGUAACCAAGGUCUAUUCGACCCGGCGGAGCUUCGUGCUCAACCCGAUCAGGCUUUUUGUAAGCCGGGCCCUUUCGGCCCGCACGGAGCCCGUGAGCAAGAUAGUCCCUUCGGACUUGAGCGAGCGUGCCAUGAAGAACCAGCCUAUUGCCUGGCUGGUUCAUUUUCCUUGGAAAAAACAGAAAUCCAAGAAGAGACUGAUCGUAACCAAGGUCUAUUCGACCCGGCGGAGCUUCGUGCUCAACCCGAUCAGGCUUUUUGUAAGCCGGGCCCUUUCGGCCCGCACGGAGCCCGUGAGCAAGAUAGUCCCUUCGGACUUGAGCGAGCGCGCCAUGAAGAACCAGACUAUUGCCAGUCUGGUUCAUUUACCUUGGAGACAACAACAGAAAUCCAAGAAGAGACUGAUCUUGAACAAGGUCCAUCCGACCCGGAGCCGCAGGCUCAACCAGAUCAGACUUAUUGUAAGCCAGGCCCUUCCAGUCUGCAAAGUGCCCGUGCGCAGAAUAAGCCCUUCGGACUCAAGCCAGUGCUCUUUCAAAUACCAGGCAGUCCAUCGGGCCUGCAGUCAAGUGGCCAUGACGAUUCCCAACCUGCUAGUGCAUUUACCAUGCUUUAUACACUAGAAAAACAGAUAGGAAGAGGUGGCUUUGGUACAGUUCAUGAGGGCUAUCGAAAAUCCGAUGGCAGAAAGGUCGCCAUCAAAUUUAUUGAGAAGGCGUGGCACUCAAUUAGCUUUUUAAUGAAAAUGCCUGGACAUGCCAAGCCUCUUUGUUCAGAAGUGGCAAUAAAUCUGAUGCUGCUUCAUCCGAAGAAAAGCCCCUACAUUGUGGAAAUGUUGGACUGGUUUGAAGAGGAAAAUCAGUUCAUCAUCGUUUUUGAGUUUCCUCAUCCCUGCAUGAAUCUUCUUGAGUUUGUCCAGAGGAAUGGAGGUCCUCUGUCAGAAGUCCAGGCACGUCAAUUAAUGCGCCAAGCAUUGCUCGCCUGUAUACACUGCAUUGACAGUGGUGUCUUUCACGGAGAUUUAAAACUCGACAACAUGCUGGUCAACACAGACACGAUGGAGCUGAAAUUGAUAGACUUUGGACUCAGCAAACUUGUGAAAGAUUGUGAGAGACCAGGCGAACCAUUUAGUGGGCUAUAUUUUGCUGAUGAACAGACGAGGCAUGCUUUGGCUAUUUUAAUGUUCAAAAUGUUGCAUGGACAAAUGUUUAGAGGCAGAACCACUGAUGGCACUGCUAUGAUAUCCAAAGAGUGUCAAGACUUGAUGUCUCUGUGCCUGGACUUCCAUGAAGAAAAGAGGCCAACAUUGAGAGAAUUCUUACAACAUAAAUGGUUCGAUGAGGAAUAAAGCAGAUCCACAAAUUGACUCCAGCGAUUGAGAAGAGAGACAGAAGAGACAGAAGAGAAAAAAUACAACAGAAUUAUUAAAUAAAUGUAUUCAUUAUCAAAGCACAGAGUCGUUGUAUAAACCAAAAGAUAAAGUGAGGAAGAAGUAAAGAAGUAGUAUACAAAUUUGUCCUAUCUGCAUGCUUUUAUGCAUUGCACUGUUGGUAGUUUAUUGGCUGAUUAGUGGAGGUGUUAUUAAAAAAAGUGUUUUGUAAGUAUAGUUGUUAGUUAG